CCUCUUCUGUUCCAAUGGAGCUCGUGCGAGGAACGCAGUGGGAGCCGUAGCAACAAGAACUCGCGAGAAGCGCCGUGAACGUAAGCAACAAGACAACCAAAAUAAAGUGAGCACAACAAACCCGGAGCGCAUGAUGGCGGCGUCGCAGCUGCGCCGGGACAAGAAAUCCACCGCCGCCCAUCUGAAGGCAGACCUUAAGCGGACUGACAACAGCUCGGCGCUGCGGCAGCUGCAGGAGCUGCUGGAUAGCGUGCUGAACCCGGAGCGCGGCUCGGACCCGGAGGCGCUGGAGUGGUGUAAAUGGCUGCUGGCCGGAGGGGACGGCUUCGACGACUUCUGCCGCACCGUCCGGUCUUACGACAACGCCACCCUCUGCGGGCUGGUGUGGACGGCCAACUUUGUGGCCUACCGCUGCCGGACGUGCGGCAUCUCGCCGUGCAUGUCGCUAUGCGCCGAGUGCUUCAACAACGGCGAUCACACGGGCCACGAUUUCAACAUGUUCCGGAGUCAGGCCGGCGGGGCCUGCGAUUGCGGGGACGGGAACGUCAUGAGAGAGAGCGGGUUUUGUAGAAGGCAUCGGUUAAAAACAGGUGAGAAUGUGCCAUCGGUCCCUCGUGAUCUGCUGCUGAUGUCUGAGAUGGUUUUGCCGCGGUUUAUCAUCACUAUCAUCCAGUACCUGAGAGACGGCUACACAGAACCAGAGUCUGCGGCUGACAGAGAUCUACAGAAGGUUCUGCAGCAGUUAGAGUCGCACAUAUCGCUCUUAGAAGAGCUCACCAAGAUGGGCGGGGCCAUGCGCACUGUUCUUACCAAGAUCUUAACCAAUCAGCAGACCUUUAAAGAGCUGAGCAUGGGUCAAGAGGAAAAUGUUUAUGCAAAGAGAAGUUAUGAGAAGUAUUUGUCUGCAUUGAAGAGUUCAGGACUGGUGUCAGUGGAGGAGAAGGGGGCAGGAGGAGCGGGCGCUGGCGCAACAGACACUGCAGCAGGGGCAGGAGCUCUCAGUCUACUGGGAGCGACUGCAGCUGCCAGUCUGGAGGAUUCUAGCAAAGAGGAGGAUCAGGAUGGACUGCAGGGUGUGGGCCAGAGGAAAAGAGUCAAGCUCAGUAGCACUACCAAAGAUCCAUCUAUUAUGGACACCUUGAAGCAUAAAUGUUUUUUGGAAGAGUUAUUGUUUUGGACAAUUAAGUAUGAAUUUCCUCAAAAGAUGGUCACUUUUUUACUCAACAUGUUGCCAGAUCAGGACUACAAGAUCACGUUCACUAAAACAUUUGUUCAGCACUACGCCUUUAUCAUGAAGACCCUUAUGAAGAGUCAUGAGUCAGACACCAUGUCCAACCGCAUCGUCCACAUCAGCGUGCAGCUCUUCAGCAACGAGGAGCUGGCGAGACACGUUACUGAGGAGUGCCAGCUGCUGGACAUCAUGGUCACUGUGCUGCUUUACAUGAUGGAGAGCUGCCUUAUCAAGAGUGAACUGCAAGAUGAGGAGAACAAUCGUCAUGUGGUGGUGAACUGUGGUGAAGCUCUACUAAAGAAUAACACCUACUGGCCUUUAGUUAGUGAUUUUAUUAAUAUCCUCUCACACCAAAGUGUGGCCAAGCGCUUCCUGGAUGAUCACUCUCUGCUGUUGCUCUGGAUGAGCUUCGUCUCCUUCUUUCAAGGGAUGAAUCUGAAUAAGCGAGAGCUGAACGAGCACGUGGAGUUCGAGUCUCAGACGUAUUACGCAGCAUUUGCAGCUGAGCUGGAGGCAUGUGCUCAGCCCAUGUGGGGUCUCCUCACACAUUGCAAAGUCAAGGAUACACAGGAGUACACAAAGACUCUGGUGCGGUACUGUCUGGAAACGCUACAAAUGUGGUUUGAUGCCAUUGGGUUUGUGGAUGAGCCUGCACCCAACCAGCUGACUUUUCAUUUACCUCUGCACCGAUACUAUGCCAUGUUCCUCAGCAAGGGAGUGAAGUGUCAAGGUCUGGAUUUGGACAGUCUGCUGCCUGAUCAGGAAAUGCUGAUGAAGAUCAUGGUUCAUCCACUGCAGAUACAGGCCAGUCUGUCUGAGAUCCAUAGUAACAUGUGGGUGAGAAAUGGACUGCAGAUUAAAGGUCAGGCGAUGACGUAUGUACAGUCUCACUUCUGUAACUCUAUGAUUGACCCGGACAUCUACCUCCUACAGGUGUGUGCAUCUCGACUGGAUCCAGAUUAUUUUAUUUCCUCCGUGUUUGAGAGGUUUAAGGUAGUGGAUUUGUUGACGAUGGCAUCUCAGCAUCAGAAUGCAGUGCUGGACUCGGAGCAGGAGAGACCCAUGCUGGAGGGAGCACUCACCUUCCUUGUCAUACUGUGCAGUCUCAGAAUACACUUAGGAAUGUCAGAUGAUGAGAUUUUGAGAGCAGAGAUGGUGUCACAGUUGUGUAUGAAUGAUCGUACCCAUAGUUCCCUGCUGGAUCUAAUCCCGGAGAAUCCGAACCCCAAGAGCGGUGUGGUUCCAGGCAGCUGUAGUUUUGAGGAGAUGUUGUCUGCUGUAGCUGAUUUUAAAGCCCCAGUGUUUGAGCCUGGAGGAUCUAUGCAGCAGGGCAUGUACACACCUAAAGCUGAAGUCUGGGAGAAAGAGUUUGACCCUAUAAUGGUGAUUUUACGCACAGUGUACCGCAGAGACGUGCAGUCGGCCAUGGAUCGAUACGGAGCAUUUCUGAAGCAGUCAGGUGUUCAUACGGGGAACCCCUGGCCCCCCUAUAAGGAGAGGACCCCUUUGCACCCAUGCUAUAGAGGACUGGUGCGCCUGUUGCACUGCAAAACUCUGCACAUCGUCAUCUUUACACUGCUUUAUAAGAUCUGGAUGGAUCAUCAGAAUAUGUCAGAACAUGUGUUGUGUAUGGUGCUGUACCUCAUAGAACUCGGAAUGGAUAACCAGGUCCAGGAGGACAAAUUAGAGGAGGAGCCCUGUAUUGAGGAGCACUGUCAUGACAGCUGGUUCCCUGGCACCAAUCUGCUGUCUAACCUCCAUCAUGUUAUCAACUUUGUGCGGGUGCGAGUGCCAGAGACGGCCCCGGAAGUGGAGAGAAAGAGAGAGAGGGAGAGAGACAGAGAAACUCCAGCCAGCACCAGUGCAGAUAGCAGCAGCUUCGGACAGAGUUCCAGGAGGCUAACAGGGAAUUGGAGAGAGAAUCUGCGUGAAGCUCAGGUGUUCAGUCUGGUGGCAGAGCGCAGGAGGAAGUUCCAGGAGAUCAUAAACCGCAGUAACCAUGAGGCCAGCCAAGCAGUGCGGCCCAAGUCCUCAUCCUCUCGCUGUCUGCCACCGGGCUCACCACCACAGCUGGUCACUGAAAUCCUUGAGAUCCGUGAGAGCAUGCUGUCUCUCCUGGUGAAGCUCCACCAGAAAUUGUCUGCCAAGCAGAACUCUCUGUCCCUGAGCUGGCUGGCCGAGGUGGAUCCGGGCCGGCACGAGCAUGGAGACGGCAUUACAGCCAUCGAAAGAAUCUUGGCCAAAGCUGCGUCCCGCAGCCGACACAGCAAGAGAUGUCUGCAGGAGAUCUGUGGGAAGGUGUGUCCACCCAUACCACCCAAGAUGACCAGUCCGGGAGACAAGAGCAUGAACAAGGAGGAGAGGCGUCAGCGGGCGAGAGAGAGACAGCAGAAGCUAUUGGCGGAGUUUGCCUCCAGGCAAAAGAGCUUCAUGGAGACGGCCAUGGAUGUUGAGUCACCUGAAGCAGAUGCAGUGAUGGAUGUGGGCUCGGCUGAACCUCUGGACUCUGAGAUUCUGUAUGACUGCGUGAUUUGUGGCCAGAGUGGUCCGUCCACUGAAGACAGACCCACAGGACUGGUGGUACUGCUGCAGGCUUCAUCAGUGUUGGGGCACCGUUGCCGUAGUGACACGCCGAAGCGAUUGCCAACUACAGAUGAAGAACAUAUCUACCCUGAGGACACGUGUGGAGCGACCCAUGACGUUAGACUGACCCUUAUGCAACGCUACUUUAAAGAUAGUUCCUGUCUGCAGUCAGUGUCUAUUGGCUGGGAUGGUGGUGUAUAUGUGCAGACGUGUGGUCACACUCUGCAUAUAGACUGUCACAAGUCUUACAUGGAGUCCUUACGGAAUGAUCAGGUUCUGCAGGGGUUUUCUGUGGAUAAGGGUGAGUUCACCUGCCCACUGUGUCGUCAGUUCGCCAACAGUGUUUUGCCCUGUCGGCCAGGGCGUGGCACGGAGACAGGCGCCUGGCACACGGCCAGCAACAAGAGCAUGAGCACACUGGUGAAGGAGGUGGAAGAUCUGCAGGAGCAGCUGGGCAUUUUCCCAGUAAGCGGCAGCAUAAGGCACAGAGAUCUCACGCUGGCGGAGUCAAACCUGAGUAAAGAAAUGGAAUCGGUUAUAAAGGACAUUAAAAACACCACGCAGAAGAAAUACAUGGAUUAUGGGAAGAACCCAGGGUCGCCUGACAAUGACUUCCUGUUCAUGUACUCUGUGGCCAGGACGAAUCUGGAGUUAGAGUUGGUUCAUCGUGGAGGGAAUCUGUGCAGUGGAGGCGCCAGUGCAGCUGCCAAACGUUCUUGUCUCAAUCAGCUGUUUCAUGUGUUGGCCAUGCACAUGCGACUGUACAGCAUAGAUUCAGCAUACAACCCCUGGAACAGACUCACGCAGAGCACGCACAGCAGAGAGACUGAGUACUGUGAUGAAGAGCGUCCUGAGGUGCCCAUGCUCUUCAGAGACGUCCCGUCCCUCCUCAUCAUCUUCAUCCUCACCAUGCCUCAGCCAUUACGUAAAGAGCACUUCACGUGUGUAGUGAAGGUGUUGUACAGUCUGCAGUACACACAGGCUCUGGCCGCUCUGUCCAUCAGAAUCAGCCGAGAGGAGAGACAUGCUUGGUGCAACACUGGAGCUGCCAAAAAGAACACGCCAAACUCAGACAAAUCAUGGGAGUCGUUGCUGGGUCAUGUGAUCUCUGAGCUGACGAAGGCCAAAGAUCUUUAUGACACCAACUCUGAGGAAACGUCUGUGCUGAAUUCCAGUGUGUGGUCUCCUCAGUCUAUUGAGUCCACCCUACAGCAGUUCUGUCUGCCCUUCCUGAGACUGUCCUGUUUGCUGCAACACCACCUGUAUGGAGACAGCUUACCCAGCUGCCCGAUGGAGGAGGAGUUCUCUCUGCUGAUUGGCUGUCUGGGUUUGGUUGGUUCUGUUAAGUCCAGCGCACCCAUGAGCAGUGCAGCGUGUCUGGAGUGGAACUUCAAUGCUUAUGAUCUGAUCGCUCAGUGGUGUUCAGAGGUCAUCGCUCUCUCAGAUACGCCCACCCAGCAGUCUGCGUCUUUGUUAGUUCAGGACCCUCGGUGGGCAGCUCCUCGACUCCUGCAGCUCCCAGACAAUUACAACACCAUCUUCCAGUACUACCACAGGAAAUCCUGCACAAGCUGUGGCAAGACCCCCAAAGACCCUGCGCUGUGUCUGGUGUGUGGAGCGUUUGUCUGUCUCAAGGGUCACUGCUGUAAGCAGCAGGGCAUCUGUGAGUGUGUACUGCACUCCCAACACUGUGGAGCAGCAACAGGAAUUUUCCUCCUGAUAAAUGCCUCAGUCAUUAUUAUCAUCCGAGGCCAUCGCUUCUGUCUGUGGGGAUCUGUGUAUCUGGAUGCUCAUGGAGAGGAGGAUAGAGACCUACGCCGAGGAAAGCCUCUGUAUUUAUGUGAGGAGAGGUACCGUGUUCUUGAGCAGCAGUGGGUCUCACACACCUUUGACCACAUCAACAAGCGCUGGGGUCCCCACUACAAUGGACUUUAACAUUAGUGUCCCAAUCCCAGCGUAGAUACGGGAGAGGAGACGACAGGAGAUGAUGUCAGUGCAGCCUAUGUCGUGUAAUAUAAAGAAAACAUGCAUUGAGUUGGUUCUGUCACAGCCUGGGUUCAUGUGAAGUUUAGUGUACAAUCAAGCCUAUUGACUAACAGCGUGUGUGUGUGUGUGUGUGUGUGUGUGUUUUAAAAGUGAUUUUCUGUGUGGAUUUCAAAGGGGAGAGUUUUGUUUUGUCCCAGCAAGCUUACAGUGAAAGCACAGACUAUAGUCCUACACUGAGUGAAUCUGUCGAUCCUUAUGGACUCGUGAGUGGAAAAAUGCUCCUGUUCGGUAAUGUUUGGAAAACUGAUAGUUUUUGAGAACUGAUACUUUGAAAAAACAAAUCUGACCAACAUUAAGCAAAUCAUGUACAGAUAUCAGAAUUAAUAUCAAAACCUUGAGCGCUAAAGGUACUAAGACAUGCAGACUCUCAACAUAUCCCCACCACCCCAUGACCAGUGCAAUGUGUAGUGAUGUCAUGCUAUAUGAGUUAAAACGCAUCUCAUAAGAUUUAUUCUGUAAGCUCAGAGACCUUUAUAUGCUGAUGUGGGUUCGACACCCUUUAAGGAGAAUUACUAAAGCAGGGUAUGAGACAAAAUGUCAACCGAUUAGAGCUAAAGCAAGAUUUGUCUCUGGUAAAGUUACAGUCAUCCUCAGGAAUUUUAUUUUAUUAUUUUUGUUUUGUAGUCUCAGAUAAAAGAUUUUAAUAUUUAAAACGUGCUGCUAUUCAUUGUCUAAAAAAGUUAAUUAUACCUUUGUAAAAAAUAUUUUUUACAAUUUGCAUUUUUUCUAAUGAAGGCUCUGUGUUGUUGGUGGUUGGCUGGUCUGUUGAGUUCAUUAUAAAAAAUAAAAAUAAAAAAUCCCCUGCAACCUUGUACAGUGUUUCUAAGGACAUUCUAUCUCAGAACCAGUAUUUAUAUUAUGUUUUUUGGUCAUUCCCCUCAUUUAAAGGUUAUACUUUUCCAAAUCAAUGUUUUUGAAUCUAAUAACUGAGUUAAUCUCACAAAAAAAUAUGUCCGUCUCAUAUAUCACCCAAAAAAUCAAGAGAAAAAAGGACAACAAAAAUGUUUUGAUUGAAUUUAUUUUUAUUAUUAUUUAAAAUUAUAUUAUUAUUAUUAUGUUAUUUUCAUGAAAAUUCUGCACAUUUCACACCAAAUUUUCUUAUUACGGUAAUGCGUCCAAACCUUUUACUUUUGAGUUUCCCAUUAUUCUCAUUGGUGAUUAUAUUUUCAUGGUUUAACUGUAAUACAAUGUUUGUUUGUUUUUUAGCAUCAUAAAUUAAAGUUAGUACCAUAAAUACUACAAUGUAGUAUCAACACUUUACGAUUUAAAUCAUGGUUUUGUCAGUAAUGAGACUUGAGUUUUUUUUUGUUUUUUUUUUUGCAUCACAGUAAUGAGAAUAUGUGGGGCAAAAUGUGCUUAAAUGUGAUUAUCACAUAUGCAAAAAAAAUACAAAAUGUAAUAGUCAUAAAAUAGGUUGCUUUUUUUUUUAAUGCUAAAGAGAAGUUAUUUCUUUUUGAUUUUGGGGUGAAAAAUGAUUUGACAGUUUUGUGAGAUUCACCCAACUAUUGCCAUCAAAAUAUCUGACCUAGCACUUACCCUCAGUCAGCUGUCACUCAAACUAUAUUUCCCUUAUCCUUAUUACAUGAUAAUGUCAAGACUAGUUGGCCCAUAGGGGGCAGUGUUUCAUCAAUUGACUCCUCAUUCACUCUUACAGAUGCUCACAGCUGUUAAAUGCUAAGACAGAGGAGUUUAAAGACUGUCUUUUUGGACUUGCAUAUCUACAAGUAGCCUAAACUCCUUCAUUAGGAAUUUGCAGACCAAGAAGUCUCUUGUUAAAGCUUGUUGAAAGUUAUAAUUUGUGUUAAUAUGAUAAUAUUUUGAUGCACACAUUACCCAGAUAUUAAAUUUUAAUUCCUGUUCUGAUCUAACAGGUCCCUUUCAGUUUUCUACACCUUUGAACCUUGGCCAGAUUGUGUGUUUAGAUGGAUUAUAACCUAGACAAAAAAAAAAAAAAAAAAAAAAAAGACGACAAAAGAAAAAACAUCAGUUUUCAAAAAUCAAAAACUAAAGUUGUUUGGUCCUCCACAUAAAUAGACUUUUAGUGAAGGUUAGAUUACUCGUUCAAUGUAUAAAAAAUGUGGUGUACCCCAAGGCUCUGUCCUUGGACCUUUACCCAUUGUGCUUUUCAAAGCAUUGUAGUGGGCAUUAUGCAUAUGUUAAUAUUUUAAAAUGCAUUAAAUUGGAUCACAUGGAAAUAUGAAUAUCACAGUCCAGGCAUGGGCAUGUAUGGUGCACUUUUUAUUUUACGCAGCUUAUCAGGGGGUGGUUUAGUGAGUAUGUCCUGUUUUCAUUUUUGCCUACUUCAAAUUUAAGAUCAAGUUUGGCAUUAAUAUAAUUACCCCAAUUUAAUUUAAAUUGAUUUCUACAAUGUCUUGAUAGUGAUUUUCUUUUGGUGGUAUCACAUUGAGAGCUCUUGAAAAUUGUUUAAAAUGCUUUUUUCUCAUCCUAUUUAAUUGUAUAUUUUUCCAUUUAAAUGCAGUUUGCAGUACAGUUUCCCAUACAUUAUAUUUUUGUCUGUCGUUUUGAUUGUAAGCCACAAUUAUAGAGACAAAAAUAAUCUCCAACUAUAUUGAGGGCAUCUUUCUUUCUUUCUUUCUCUCUUUCUCUCUGACUUACAAGCACCCUAAUACCACAUACACAUAUUCAGACACUCAAAUUCACCAGAACUAGCAUGUUUGGCUUGUAUUGAUCAGUUUGAUUGGAAGAUAUUACUUAUUAUAGCUGCAAUCACGCCAUGCUGGAGGGAGAAGGUUUUUCCAGUGCACUUGAAGUUGCUUAUUUUCUUUUGUCUUGAUUUCAUGCAUGCUGCUGGUUUUUUUUUUUUUUUUUUUUUUUAAAGCACUCUGCUUUUUCUCCCUCCCCACUGUAAAGACAGACAGUUUUGCUCAUUGUACUGAUGGAUAAUGGACAUGUAAGCUGGUGUGUUCUCAUGCAGUGAAUGUGUGUCAGGCAGGCAGUAAUACAGUACAUUACUGUAAGGUGCUGAUUUAGACUCUUUGUCAUCUCUGAAGGGGUGACUUUUAAUGACAUUUAAUGCAAAAUGUAACAUAUGUGAAUAAAAUAUACAGAUGCUCUGA